GCGCACGCAGCAGCGUCUCAUUGAACCAGAGCGGAGCUCAGGAGGAGAGAAACAUGGCGACCUCGAAUAAUCCGCGAAAAUUCAGCGAGAAGAUCGCGUUACACAACCAGAAGCAAGCGGAAGAGACAGCUGCGUUCGAGGAGGUGAUGAAAGACCUGAGUAUUACUCGGGCGGCCCGUUUACAGUUACAGAAGACCCAGUAUUUACAGCUUGGUCAGAACCGAGGACAGUACUAUGGCGGCUCUUUGCCAAAUGUCAAUCAGAUUGGAAAUGCCACCAUUGACCUUUCCUUUCAGACUCCUUUUCAGAAUUCAGUAUUAGACACAAGUAGAACGACUCGUCACCAUGGGUUGGUGGACAGGGUCUAUCGGGACAGGAAUCGCAUCACGUCGCCACACCGCAGACCCCUCUCUGUGGACAAACAUGGCCGUCAAAUUGAUAGCUGUCCAUAUGCCUCUGUGUAUCUGUCACCACCACCUGAUACCAGCUGGAGGAGGACCAACUCAGACUCUGCCCUGCACCAGAGCACUUUGAACCCACAAGAUGCAUUUGCAGGAGGGUCUCAAGAUUUUCAGCCAAAACAAGUUUUUCUUCUCACUAUGCCAGGAACAGGGGAAGCUGAAAGUGACAUGGACAAAGAAUGUCAAAAGCUGAUAUGGGAUCACAAAAAGAAUACUUCACCAAGGCACAAGUCAAACAAAAUACCUGGAAUCAACAUAUUUCCGUCUCCAGAUCAGGAAAUGACUUCAUCUCUAAUCCCAGUGGCACACAACACGGGCGGCUCUCUGCCAGACCUGACCAACAUCCAGAUUCCCCCUCCUCUCCCCACACCUCUGGACCCUGAUGACUCCUCAUCCUCUCUCAGUGCCUCCAACAGCACUGGCAACCUGUCCAACACUCACAUGGGCCUCACGUCUGCCAGCCAAGCCCAGUCCACGGCGACAGUGAGCUUUCAGCGCCGCCAUGAGAAUGUAGUUCCUCUGAUCCUUAACACAGACUCCCAGCAGCAUCUGAGUCUUCAGCAGCUGUCACCCACCCUCUCUCCUCCGCUCUCUCUAUCAGCACAGGAGGUGGCGAUAGAUGCUAUGACGCUUGAGCAGCAGUUGGCUCAGUAUGCUUUCUUCAGUCAGCCGUCCUCACAGACGCAGACUGCUGGUGGACUUCCUCAUCUCCAGCAGAACACCCAGCUGCCACCUGUCUCAGGAAGCCAGACGCAAACCUCUGUGGGCAUGGAUAUUAACACGGCUGCUUCCCUCCAGCAGUACCGCUGUAGGGUGGGGUCUUCGGCCAAUCAGUCUCCGACCUCUCCGGUCUCCAAUCAAGGCUUCUCACCGGGGGGCUCGCCUCAACACUCGUCCAUUCUGGGAAGUGUCUUUGGUGAUGCCUUUUACGACCAGCAGCUGUCUCCUCGGCAGACCAGCGCUUUGUCUCAGCAGCUGGAGCAGUUCAACAUGAUUGAGAAUUCCAUCAGCUCAAACAGUCUGUACAGUGAGGGAUCCACUCUAAACUACUCUCAAGCUGCGAUGCUCAACCUCACUGGGUGCCACGGCAACCUGCAGGAUAUGCAGCAGCUAAGCUACAGCAGCCAUGGGAACAUCCCCAACAUCAUUCUCACAGGUGACAUGAGCUUUGACGCAGAUUCCCAGUUCCCCCUGGAUGAGCUGAAAAUCGAUCCUCUGACACUGGACGGCCUGCACAUGCUCAACGAUCCAGACAUGGUUCUGGCCGACCCCGCAACAGAAGACGCUUUCCGGAUGGACAGGCUGUAAUCUUUAGGUAUAUGAUGUUCAUUUGUCCUUCUUUGAGAUCGGUGUGAUUAAGAGGGAGAGAAGCAGCAUGUCUGUGGGACACUUGACCCUGUUUCUCAAAGCCCAUCCUCUGGGAAGAGAUUGCUGAGAAUGUUGCCACCACAUGCUAGGGAAAAAUGGGAAAGCAGUGCUGCCUCAACCUUUUGAGCAAGCAGCCCAUCAUUUCUUAGGAUAAUACACUCACACCUCAGCAAUCAUGGAUUCCUUUAGCUCUAUGUGAGAGAAUGUGACACUACAUACGAUCCCUCGUGGUUCAAUCAUGCGUUCUUCCAUUUCAUUUCCUGUAGAAGCCCCUCCUCCUCCU